AGAUUAUCGUCUAGUAACCCGUAGCUCAAGUUCUGCUUCGGCAGAAGGAGAAGUUUGUUCUACUUCGGCAAAUAUUAAAACAUCAACUCUCAAGAUGAACACCUCCAUCCGCUCCCCCGCUUCUUCCUCCCGAGCUUAUGAAUUGCAAAAGCAUCGUACCAGUAUAAAUUGCAUCAAAAAUUUUGGCAAGAAUGGCAAUGGAGGAGGAAUUUGUAAUGCUGUUUUCCCUUAGGAAAAACAUUUGUCAUGCAUAUUUGCAAUUAGUACGAGUACGAUACUUUUGCACAGGAUAGAGCUGCCCCCGCGGCACCUCCCCCCUCCGACAGCCCAACCGUGGGGCAUAAAAACCCAGGUGCCUCGUCGAAAAACGACGACCGCGCGAUCGGGAAGCAGUUGGAAUCUAUCAAAUGUAGAAAUGUCUGGGUCUGGAAGCUUGCCAGGUUUGUCAUGCAUAUUUUGGAAGACUCAUGAUGUCUGUGAUGCAUGCUCUACUAGCAUGACAGAUUUUUAAAGGUCUUUGCGAUGCCUCUACCGCAUGAGAAAUGCCCUCUCCGGGUAGCACAAACUGGAGUUCUGUUGCCGGUCAUGCAAUGCAAAUUUUUUUAGAAUCCAGAGACAGCAUCACAAGUUUAGAAUCUUCCAGACCCAGACAUUUUUACAAUUGAUAGAAUCGGACCGGCCGACGUCCGCGUGUUACUCCUUCGGGAAAUCCGCGACCCGGGAGAAGAGGAAGCUAUCAAAUGUAAAAAUGUCUGGGUCUGGAAGAGUGCAACUUGUCAUGCUAAAAUGGAAGCAUGCAAAAAUCUGUGUUGCAUGAUUACCAAAAGCUGUCCACUUUUGACCUAAUCGAGAGACAGUUUCUCAUGCAGGAGAGGCAUGAUAGAACUCUCACAGAAUCUGUCAUGCUCUGUCCUACUUGCCAGACCUCAUGAGUCAUGUAAAAUCUGCAUGACAAGUCUGGCAUUCUUCCAGACCCAGACAUUUUUGCAAUCCAUAGAAGCUGUGCGGGGACAUUUUGAUCGGAUCGGGCUCGGAUUUUCUAGGAAGGACAUCUCCUGGUGUGACGUACGAUUUGAAUUUGUCAUUAGUCUUAUGCACUGCAAAAUUAUCUUCGUACUAGCAUGGAUAGAUUGCAUCACAAUUUUUUCCAUAAGGACGAAAGAUGGAACUUGUAAUGCUGAUCUGCCCAUAGAAGCGAGAUUUGUCACGCAUAUAAUACUCGAUUGCACUUAGUGCGAUAUUACUUUUGCAGAGGAUAAGUCUCCCGGUGGAAGGGGACGACUUUUGGGAAAGCGGCGAGACCGACCUCCGGAACGGUGGCCUACCCUCCGAGCACGAACGAUCUGAAGUGCGUGAUACCGAAAUUUGACAAUAUCAAAAAGAAAAAUCCCCCCUCCCCAUAUCGAAAACGAAAUUUGUGAUGCUGUAUUUGAGUACACAAAUCGACCUGUAUUGCUAGAAGGCCAAGAGACGCAGCCGUGGCCUGAAUUGCAGGCAAUUUGUCAUGCUGUUUCCCACUUCCAGUUGCCUCGUGUCAUGCUGGAGAUGCGAUACUUUCCCACACUAGGUAGCACUACAGUCCGCAUCUUUUGCCUUCUAGCAUCACAAAGCUGAUUUGUGACCACAAAUCUGCAUCACAGAUUUCCGUUUUGAUAUGGGGAGGGGGGAUUUUUCCUUUUGAUAGACAAGUACCGGAACAAGCAGGAUGGGAGGGUGGUGUUCGGCAGGGAGACGAGGGAGGUAGGAUUCUUGGAGAAGUGUGCUUCGAUCUAUUUUGAUCAUGUGGCUACCACGACGGUCUAUCUUCUUACGGUCAUGCGGAAAUCAAAGCUGCACAGUUCUGCUGUAUUGCUCAUUCUCUUAAAUUAUGCAAACCUGCAUAUACAAACUUGUUCAGGCCGGCGCGAAGAACGGCGCCAACGCGGUGAAGGGCACCGGGAACUCCGAGUUCUAUGCCAGAGAAUCCCCCGGUUGCAUCUACGACCCGAAGGAUAAGUUGGUGAAGGAAAUUGUGACCCGGAGCUGGACCAUGGGCAUGCGAACGAAGAUUAUCGGAAUGAAGGAUCCGAAGAACGUGGUCGAUCCGGAAUCGAAUCUAAAACCGGAAACCGCAAUGGGGAAGCAGUUGAACUCGCGAAAGCCGUCGGCCAUGGGCAGGUCGUUUUCCAAAGCGUCCAGGUUCGGGAAGAACGCCAGUGAAAAGGACAGGGAAAGGGAGAAACUGUUUGCUGUCCAGAAAGCAGCAGCGGCGAGACCAGCGACGGCGCCUUCCGGCGGUGGAGGUGGGACAACAGAAGUUAAUACUGCUGAGGGUGAUGCUGGUACUGCUGGUGCUGCAACGAAGGGGGCAACAAUAGUACCACCAGCAGCUGCACAACCACAACAUACCAAACACGCCGCCACGACCGGUCAGCAGGUGGUCUUAACCAAGAUUCAACGCGGUUUGGGGAAGCAGAUAGACUUGAAAUCCGCGCCGGUGUUCGGAAUAUCCAGGAAAAAACACCAAUCCCCAUCCACUUUGUCAUGCAAAACAUGCAUAAAAUCCGGCGUUUGUCAUGCGAAAAAUGAAUGGGGAUGGGUGUUUCUUCCUGGAUACGGAAUUAGCAAGUGCUCCCGGGACAAGAGAUCCGUUUCCGGCAACAUGAUAAUCAAAGAAGACAGACCGGCGGCUCUAAGCAACAUGCAGCACCAGAGGUUACCGCACAAUUUCAACUACCCGGCGCCGAGUGCGGUGAGGAAGUGGGGGUCAUGAGUAGGAGUACUAGAGGCGUUUGUGUUUGAUGUGAAUGUGAUUGAUCAUGUCGUACGUUCCCACCCCUGCUGCGCUUUGACCUUUACCACGACUUUGAGCACAGUUUUUUUGGGUUCUUGAACUUCUUGUGUCGCGUCUUCACGCCGUGAACUUCGUUGAAAUGAAU